AUGAGUGCGGAGAUCCCUACGCCCUCGGCGGCGUCAAAGCAACCCGUGUCAACACUCGAUGUAUAUGCCAAGGCCUAUGUACCGAAGAGUCUGAGGAGUGUMAACGAUGCUCCAGCUCUCUCUGUUCCGUCGGCCGCGCCACCGUGGAUUGACUUCCAAGCGUAUGUCCAGUCCUUCUCGGGGGCCAUCUUUAUGACAGCAUUUCCAAAACCUCAACAGAGCUUGUCAACCGGGCAAUCCGCCCGGACUGCCUGCAGCGGCGAGUUGGGAAUCUCUACAUACUCCGACUUCUUUUGUGCCGCAAUUUCCAAAGAAGAAAAGGCUCUCCAAGAAGAAUGCAACGAACAUGACCUAUACCAGGUGCAAAUACUCCGAGCUGGUCAAGAUUCAGAGCACUCAACAUACUUGCUGCACGUACCUGGGCUGCGUGAAAUCAGCCUGCGAAUCGAGGUAGGGGAUGUGGUCCAUUUGCGCCAGAUCCGGCUUGACCGAUUCGGAAACAUCAUUCCACAAUUUGCUCUUCGUGACAUGAACGGCCAGCCACUGCCUCAUGCGGUGAUCAGGCGGUAUGAUGCCGUUGUCUGGAACCUUGAUCGUCGAAGAGAGAUGGUCACCCUAAGGGUUGACAACUUACAUCAAUCAAGCCCGCUUUUCAACGCCCGUUUCACGGUGCAGUCUGAUCGCCUGUACGCCUUACAAAGGGCCGUCAAUGGAGCUCAGCAGCAAAUGUCGUUAAGCGGCGAGGAGUGGAUGAGGUCGAUGCUAUUUCCCGAUCCAAGUGAUGGAGUUCUACAGGAGAAACUCAACCCUGGCAAGAGCUCCCUACCAUUGCAUGACCCUCUGCUCAACUACGAGCAAGGCAAAGCAAUCUCAACGUUCUGUGGCGCUCACUACGGUCGAGUGCCGUAUCUUGUGUCGGGUCCUCCUGGCACUGGGAAGACCAAAACAGUUGUUGAACUGGCAACACAGAUUCUGGGUAGAAAUUCCACUUCGCGGCUGCUGAUUUGUGCCCCGUCCGACUCUGCUGCAGACACUUUGGUGCAAAGAUUGAGUAAGUUGCUUGGUCCAAAAGAUCUCUUCAGACUAAAUUCUCCUGCAAGAGCGUUUCCAGAGGUCCCAGACUCGAUUUUACCGUUUUGCUUCGUUGAUGGGACCAUCUUUUCCUUGCCACCUGCUCCCGACUUUCUGAGGAGAAGGGUUGUGGUUGUUACUUGCCACGAUGCUGAAAUUUUGCACCGUGCGCGGCUGAGCAACAAGGAUCUCUUCUUCCUCGAGAGGAGCAUGCACUCAGUACUGCAUCCCGAAAGCACGCCUAUCAAUCCACCUCUACAUUGGACUAGCUUGAUCAUCGAUGAAGCUGCACAGGCGACAGAACCCGAGACGUUGAUCCCACUCCUGGUAGUAGCGCCUCCAGAAGGGAUCCUCCCGAAAGAGAUGGCUUUACCCGCGGUGGCUUUGGUCGGCGAUCAGCACCAACUCGGUCCACGCACAGCGUCCAAGGAGGCGAUGCAGAUCUCGCUAUUCGAACGACUGCUUUCUCGUCCCUUGUACCGCGAUCAUCCUCUUGCAAGGCAGGUKCAAACUGGGGGUAUCAUGCAAAGGCUUACWCAAGAGAUGCUUCCCGUUAUUCGACCACCUUUCACAGAUCUCAUCCGCAACUAUCGGUCUCAUCCCGGAAUUCUUGCAAUACCGUCCUCGCUUUUCUACAACGACACACUUGAGCCGUCGGCAGCCAAUGUUGACUCUUUGCUUACGUGGAGCGGGUUCGGUGGUCACAACGAUAUGCCAAUCUUGUUCAUCACGAACCAAGCGCCCGAUGAGAUCGAGCAGGACGGUGGCGGUUGGUACAACAUCGGCGAGGCCAGACAAGCUUUACAGUGUGCCCGUUCUUUCCUGGAAGAGGGUCUGCUYCAACAGCACGAAAUCUGCAUUAUGUCUCCAUUUCGAGCCCAGGUUCGGGUGCUACGGCUUCAGGCAAGAGACCAUUCUAUGCGAUUGAAUCGCGUGAACAUAGGUCCAUUAGAAGCAUACCAGGGACUCGAGUUCAAGCUGGUCAUCGUCUGCACCACUCGCACUCGCGACCGCUUCAUCGAUCAGGACCUUGCACGCGGACUGGGCGUCAUUUACGAGCCUCGCAGAUUUAAUGUCGCAUUGACACGUGCUAUGUCAGGGCUGGUCGUUAUAGGCAAUCCGGACGUGUUGUCGCAGGAUGAGAAUUGGGCCUCCUUCAUGGCUUUCUGCCGUAGAAAUGGUGCUUGGAAGGGGGUUGAGGGCGAUGAAUGGCACACACCUCAUAGCCAUAAGAUCAAGAUGUCGAGACUGGAGAAUCAGAUCAAGUACCGGAUGAAAGUCGAGGCAGAGAUAGAGGAUGGAGCUGGUGGCCUGAAUGGACGGAUCCGGAGACUUGGCUUGAUGGRCAGCGAGGAUGAUAACAGGUACGAAUCCGGGGUGCUGGCUGAGCAGACCUUGAAGGUACAACAGUACGAGCAAGAUGAGCACGAUAAUGUGACGGAGUACAGCGCAGCUGAGGAUGCGAGUAACGCACUUUGGGGUGUUGAUCCAGAGACAGAAGCUUCCUCGACCGACGCGGAGGGACUACGCUAG